AACGGCAUCUUCCCCGACUGCGUGCGCCAGAUCAAGCAGCUCGUCGGCCGCCGCUCGCGCCACGGCGACUACGAGUACGAGGUCAAGUGGGCCAAGCAGGACGGCACGUCCAUGGAGGACAACAAGAACCUCUACCUACCCAAGGUCGUCCUCGAGUCCAACGGCUUCUUCAAGCUCAUGAAGGCCAUCGACGACAAGAUCGCCGCCGAGGCCGGCAACGUCAAGCCCCUCACGACGGGCUGCAUCCAGAAGCACCUCGACGACUUCGGCCUCAUGGAGGAGUUCGGCACCUACGGCAAGAUGAAGAACCUCUCCGGCGGCCAGAAGGUCAAGUGCGUCAUCGGCGCGUCCAUGUGGUUCUGCCCCCACCUCGUCAUCCUCGACGAGCCGACGAACUACCUCGACCGCGACUCGCUCGGCGCGCUCUCGCGCGCGAUCAAGGACUUCGAGGGCGGCGUGCUCAUGAUCUCGCACAACGCCGAGUUCUUCGGCGACAUCGCGCCCGAGAUCUGGGAGAUCCCCGGCGACCAGAAGGUCCACAUCUCCGGCGCCGAGUGGAUGGAGGCCGUCCGCGCCCGCGAGCUCGCGGAGCAGAAGAUGAAGAAGAAGGCCGCGCCGACCCAGGAGGAGGACAAGUUCGACGCCCUGGGCAACAAGAUCGAGACCGAGACCAAGGCCGCGGACGUCGACCGCGACAUGAUCAAGCUCAUGACGAAGAAGCUCAAGGGCCUCAAGGAGCGCCUCAAGAAGGGCGACGCGUCCGUCGAGGACGAGAUGUUCGAGCUCGAGGAGAAGCUCGACGCGGCCAACGCGAUGAUGAAGAAGGAGAAGGAGGCCGCCAAGGCCGAGAAGGAGGCCCAGAAGAAGCUCAACAAGAAGGAGAAGGCCCCCGCCGACAAGAAGAAGGCGUCCAAGAAGAAGUAG